AUGGACAAGAGUUGGAUGAGAAUGUCUAGAGGUUCAAAAGAGCAUCUAGAUGGUAUCCAAGCAUUUCUGAAUUUUGCAUUUAGCAACACCAAUACACCAGGCUUCAUUUUGUGCCCAUGUAAGCGUUGUCGCAUGAGCAACUCAUUGACACAUGAAGUUGUCUACGACCAUUUGAUGACGGGCCCAGGAAUCUUGGAGGGUUAUACCGAUUGGGUAUUGCAUGGGGAAAAGAUUAACGCUUCUGUUAAUAGGGAGUCCGUAUCUCACGGCCCUGUAACGGCUCCCACCAAUAGGAUGCCUCCCCUUGACGGGUCUAGUGGGAUGCAUGCCAUGUUGCAUGACAUUUUCAACAUGCACGACGUACGAGCCGAAGAAGGUGGGUCCGAAGUUGGUGCACAAGCCGAAGCCGUACAAGAGGAUUCAAAUGACUUUGACGAGAAGACGAGGAAGUUCUUCGAUUUACUUAAGGAUGCUGAUACCCCACUCCACGAGAAUACAAAGCAUAGCAAAUUGGGGGCUAUUGUGCGUCUAUAUAAUUUGAAGUGUAUGGGUGGAUUCAGUAACACGAUAUUCUCACUCCUCCUUGAAUUUAUUAAUGAGUUGCUACCAACAAAUGCUGUUUUGCCUAAGGACACGUACGAGGCAAAAAAGUAUAUGAGAGACUUGGGACUUGGAUAUGAAAAGAUUCUUGCUUGUCCCAAUGAUUGUAUGUUGUUUUGGAGGGACACCGAGAAGUUAGAACGAUGUACGUCAUGCAAGGCAUCGAAGUGGAAGGAGGACAUUAGUGAGGAAGAAGAGUCAUCACGAACAUCUAAACGAAAGCCGGCAAAGGUGUUGCGGUGGUUUCCGUUGAUACCAAGGUUGCAACGGUUGUUUACGUCACAUCACACAGCUAAACACAUGAAGUGGCAUGCUCAUGGGCGUACAAAAGAUGGUGUACUAAGGCAUCCGGCAGAUGGUGAAGCCUGGAAGACAUUCGAUUCAUGCUACCCAGACUUUGCCUCAGAUCCACGUAGUGUGAGGCUUGGCUUAUCCUCUGAUGGAUUUAAUCCUUUUGGGAAUAUGAGCACAACUCACAGUACUUGGCCGGUAAUGUUGAUACCGUACAACUUGCCUCCUUGGAUGUGCAUGAAACAACCAUAUUUUAUGUUAUCAUUGAUUAUCUCAGGCCCAAGUUCACCUGGAAUGAAAAUAGAUGUCUAUCUACAACCUUUUAUAUCAGAAUUAAAGGAAUUAUGGGAGGUCGGAGUGUCAACUUUUGAUGUAUCAGUGAAAAAGAAGUUCACGAUGCGUGCAGCCUUGAUGUGGACAAUAAACGAUUUUCCAGCUUAUGCAGAUUUGUCUGGUUGGAGUACGAAAGGCAAAAAGGCGUGUCUUUGUUGUAUGCACUCUACACGGUCUACCUGGUUAACUUAUGGCAAUAAACAAUGUUAUAUGGGGCAUAGGCGAUGGUUGCCUUUGGAUCAUAGUUGGAGAAGAAAUAAGAGAGCGUUUGAUGGUACACAAGAAAUGGGUACUCCGCCUCUUGUGCCAAGCGGUGAUGAGAUCAUGAGACAAUUAGAGGUAUUUGGACAUGUUGUUGGCCAUGUUGCGGAGAAAUGA